AUGUGUGAUCAAAUCCGGGAAUCAAUCACCCUUUUAGCCAUACUUGAGUCUGCCACUUUUCCAUAUACGAGCCUCGAUGCCUUUAUCGCCGACUUCGUUCAUGUGACGGUCAAAGAUGUAAGCCCACAACGACCAGGCGACCUACGUCCGAUAAGCCCACCCCUUCCGAACGACUUGCCUGACAACACUCCUAUCCCGACAAUCCGCCGGGUUCUCUCUUUAUAUGCACAGAUAGUACACUUGACGGUAGCAUGCCUCGAUCACUACCUGGAAAGGUUCAAUGCUCUCCGACCGGAGAACAUGGUCGAUUCCAAGGCUCGGUAUUCAAGGGACCUCAAGAAGACCCCGCCGUGGAAUCAAAUAUUUGAAGCCUUCACGGUUCCCGUCAGCGAUUAUGGCCCACCAGUCUGGGAGGAGGAGCAACGGGUUUCCCGCGCCCUCUGGAGAAUUCAAUUAAUCCAUGAUCUCUGCACCGCAGCUGGCCAGUUGCGGCUCAGCUGGCCCGCUGAAGACGUGACGCGAUUGUAA